AGGGGAAAGGUGGGUUGCGGAGACCUAGACAUUCUGAUUACUCGACCCACGAGUGACCGGAAGACUCAUCAAAGUAGAACCCACCUUCUGUAUUCUCGCCGUCUCCUACAGGGAUUACACGAGCGGGGCAUUAUCACAGAAAAUCUGAGUCUGCCUGAUGUUUUGGAACUCGUAUAUCGAGGGCUCUGCAGG